UUCUCCCCUGUAUCUAUCCCCCUCCACUCCCCUCCUCUCCUCCUCCCCAAUCCCCAAUCCCCUCCUCCCAUGGCGCUCGAUCCCCGAAACCCUAGCGUUUGAAUCGCGUCUUCCACCUCUUCGCGCCCCGAGCUCCGCCCCCCACGCUCUCCUCCUCCUACUACUACCCCUCCUCCUCCUCCUCCUCCCGCCGAGUAGAGAGACGGCGAAAGAGCCCAUUCCCCAACCCCGCCGCAUGAUCCGAGGUGAGGGUUUUGGAGUCCGCCCCCGGAAUAUGCGGCGGUGGGGAUCCGAAUCGAGCUCCGUAGGUUCGAUCUGAGGGAUUCGGAGUCGGUGGUGGUGGUGGGGCUGGGGGGGCGAGGGAGAGGUGUGGGCUCUUCGGCGACAUGCGGCGGAGGGCGCCCGAGUUCCGGCGCCCGCCGAGGAGGAGGCUCUCGUAUUGGAUCUGGUGGCUUUUGGGGGUGUUCGUUCUCGCGGGGUUGGUUCUCUUCGUUGUUCAUCAUCACCAUCUGGAGCAAUUCGAGCCGCCGAUUAGGGACAAAGAUUCUGCAAGAGAAGAGGUCUCCCGUGAGAGAGUGAACUUCACCCAAGAGCUAUUAAGCAGCACAUCUUUCGCCAGGCAAUUGGCCGAUCAGAUGACACUAGCAAAGGCUUAUGUGGUGAUCGCAAAAGAGCACGGCAACCUUGUCCUUGCAUGGGAGCUCAGCACGCAAAUAAGAAGCUGCCAAAAACUUCUUUCCCAAGCGGCCGUUAGGGGAAAAGCCAUCGUUCUAGAAGAAGCCCAUCCCAUUGUAACUCAACUCGCACGGCUUAUCUAUAAAGCCCAAGACUCCCACUACGACAUCAGCACCACAAUAGUGACUUUGAAAAACCAUGCUCUUGCCCUUGAAGAGCGGGCGAGAGCAGCGAUUGUGCAAAGCGCUGAGUUUGGCCGAUUGGCAUCGGAAUCUAUGCCGAAAAGCCUCCAUUGUCUGAACAUAAAGAUCGCAGAAGAAUGGUUUAAGAACCCAUCAGUUAGAAGGCUCGUGGAGGAGCGAAGGAACUCACCGAGGCUCGUGGAUAAUAACUUGUACCAUUUUUGCGUAUUCUCGGAUAAUGUGCUCGGGACAGCUGUUGUCGUAAACUCCACAGUUUCCAAUGCGGACCACCCUCAGCAACUCGUGUUUCAUAUAGUCACCGACAGCAUCAAUUACCAUGCAAUGACUACUUGGUUCCUUAUAAAUGACUACAAAGGAAGCACAAUUGAAGUUCGAAGCGUAGAAGAGUUCUCUUGGCUUAAUGCUUCUUAUUCUCCUCUGGUCAAACAGAACCCUGAUUUUGCUUCCUUACUGAACCACUUGCGUUUCUAUAUUCCUCAAAUAGUCCCAAAUUUGGAGAAAGUAGUCUUUCUUGACGACGAUGUCGUGGUUCAGAAGGAUUUGACCGCUUUAUUCUCCAUAGAAUUGCACGGAAACGUAAUUGGGGCUGUCGAAACUUGCCUCGAGGCAUUUCAUCGGUUCUACAAGUAUCUAAAUUUCUCCGACCCGCUCAUCAGCUCAAAAUUCGACCCGCAAGCUUGUGGAUGGGCUUUCGGAAUGAACAUUUUAGACCUAAUUGCGUGGAGAAAGGCGGAUGUGACCGCAAAGUAUCAUUACUGGCAGGAGCAAAAUGCUGACCAGAUGCUUUGGAAGUCGGGCACGCUCCCCCCUGGCCUUCUGACAUUCUACGGGCUGGUGGAGCCGCUCGAUCGGAGAUGGCAUGUCUUGGGAUUAGGGUACAACUUCGCGAUCGACGAUAGAUUGAUCGAGAGCGCGGCGGCGGUCCACUAUAGCGGGAACAUGAAGCCCUGGCUAAAGUUGGCCAUCACCAGGUACAAGCAUAUAUGGGAACAGUAUGUGGAUUUCUCGCAUCCUUUUAUUAAAGAAUGCUUUAUUCAUUGAGUUGUUUCUCUUACAUUCUUAGAGUCGAGCUAGAAGCGUCGGCUUGAUAGUGAUUACUUACUUAGAUCCUUAUUAGAUCAAUCGAAGAGAAGAGCUUGUAUACCAGAGAAAACAUUUACAAUGUCAUCAUAAUUUUUUUUUGGAGAGGAUUCAUUUUCGAAGAAGAAAUAAGUUCAUUGCCUGAUUUUUCUACCUACAUUUGGACCUCAAACUUUCGCAAUCCAACCACAAUUUUCUAUUUGCCGUAAGACCAUUUUUGUAACUUGUAAGGAACAAAAAGAUUGGAAAUCAUAUCUGCUGUGUUGAAUUGAAGCAGGACCGAAAAUCUGAAGGACAUGUUAUGUUAAAUAAAA